GAUCUAUAAUCGCCAUCUCUAAUCCGUCCCCUUCUUAUAAAUCAUCUCGAUCACUUUGAUCCAGCCGCACCGCACCGCACCGCACCGCAUCCAACGCGCAUUCUCCUCCCACCCAUUUCUCGCGGGUUCGCUGGUUCGCUGGUUUACCGUUGCCGUUACCGUUGUCAUAUAUUGCUAUAUUGCUAUAUUGCUACAUUGCUACAUUGCCGUGCCAUCUCGCUAUAUCGCGACAUAAUCCGUAUAAUAACUUGUUAUAAUAUAUCAUUCAAUAUACGACACCCAUAUAGUCGAUCAAUUAAUUCAUUCAUUUUAAGCUCAAUUUCUCAUCCUUAACUUUAAUUAAUUCACUGCAAACAGCAGCACACCUUUCUUCUAGCUUUUUCGUUUCGUUUUUUUACUUUCCAUCUUCCUAUUCCAUACUCACAUUCGUUCUCUUCAAUUGUGUUUUUGUUUCACUUUCCGAUCUUCAUUAAUUCAUUCGCAAUUCCGCAUUCAUCAAAUGCUCGUCCAGCGUACCUCUAUCUCUACACAUUUGCAGCUAUCGUAGCUUAAUCCGGUGAAAUUUCAUACUAAACUUCACAUCCAUUAAAACCCUCAGCUUCUGCCGCAUGAAUGUUUCUGGAGAACCUAAUCAUUCAUAUUUGGCUUUGCAGUCCAGCUUAGCAAGAGAUUUUCAAUUCGAGAGAAAAGUUAUGAGAUGGCGCCCAAAGAAUCUCGGCGAAAGAGUUUAAGUCUCCUUUCCAGAGCAUCAUUUUCAAAUCUCGCCCAUAUCAACACCGACGUCAACAAUGGCAGCGCAGGCGACAAGGAGCAGAAGGAUAAGAAGAAGCUGGGGAAGAGAACUUCGAUAUUCGGCAGUCUGACACCGUCAAUGUACAUCGACACAGAAAAUACAAGCCACAGUCCUACCAAAGCCGACGCCCAUUCACCCAAACUGCGACCGCGGACACUACAAAAAGGCAGACCAACUUCAUUAUUCGGUUCCUUGGGGAGAAGGUCGAUGACCGAUGUGGACGAGGAUAAGGAGGUUACAGGCACAACUCCUGAAUCUCCUGAAGAGGAGUAUCACUAUCUUGCAGCGGGCAUUCUCAAUGCGAGCAGCGCUGUUUCGAUACUUCACCAUGGCGAAGUUCAGACGACGACUUCGAUGUUUAGAAAGAAGAAGGAAUACCUUGUCCUGACGGAUACACACUUGACACGGUUCAAGAGCAUGGCGCGAGCCAUAGAGGCAUUUCCUAACAUACAACCGGCGCACUUGCGUCAAUCUCAUCGCCAGUCAUCUACUGCAUCGAUAGGGUCGCUACAAGAAGUACAGUCUCAAGCUUCGCAUACAUCAACGGAGGGCGAAAAUAGAAUCCCCUUGGGUCAAGUUGUCACAGUCUACAAGAUGGAGGAUGGACGGCCAUUUUUCACAACCGAGGUCGUGUUUUUAGACGAGGAUUACCAUGGAGUAGGAUCCAUUCAGCUUAUGUUACAUGACCCAAAGGACGCAGAUUUAUGGUCUACUUCGAUAAGAGCCGCUGCGCAGAAAGCCAGACUUAUGAUGCCGGAGCCAUACCCCGAACGAGUUGUCCGAUACCUUGUUCAGACCCUGGAGGGAGUUGACGACUACGACUCGAACCAUUUCCAAGUAUUCAGGGUUGUCAAACGAGCUCCAUUGGCAAAGGGUGCACGCUCUUCUUCGGACGACCUUCAAAAACUUGGAUCAUCGGUGUUCUACAUGGUUAUUGGUAUAAAUCGAUUGCAUCUGAUACCCCUCCCAGACUUUACCCUGCCUUCCGGUGCUCUUUUUCAUCCAAAAUCAAGUCGCACUUCGUACGGCCUUGUAUCCCUAGUUGCAAUGAACGUGCAAUACUCUGAUGAUCGAUUUGAGCUCGCAUUCAGAUGUGACAUUUGACGGUUGCGAGUGCCAUUGUCUGUCCUAGCAUGGCAAUUGCAGCUCGUUAUGCCUGAUAUUAUUCCUGUAUCCGCGUUGUGCCUUUAUAUGAAGCAGGUGUAAACACCUGCAUGUAUCUAAAUAGCCCAUACAUUCAAACACCACUUCAGCAAGCCAAGAUGCUCGAGUUAGCAGCUUCAGCCACGCAUGACAUUGCUGUGGUCAUAUUUCAAGCCAUACAGUAUCUCAAACCAGCAUGGCUGGACUACAACUUCACGUUUAACGGGCCCAUGCGUCUAUUAGAGUCUAGUGACAUCCCUCUAGUUCACGAAGAAGAGGAGUAUGGGUGUUUUGAUAGGACCCUGGUUGCUUAUUGUAUGGCCUACAAUUGUAAUCCCGUGAACAUAAAAUAUGCAGUCGAUUGGAAUGUUGAGGAUGCUCCAGAAUUUCGCCUCUACCCUCCUGCCAUGACGGCUAAAUAUACGAUUUACGAACUGCUUGCUAUUUUCAGGUCUUUACGAUAUAACGAAUCUUUUCGCUCAAUUUCUUUUGCAGAUAUUGAUCUUCAUUGUAUGCAUGGUAUUGUGGAUUCCUACGGUAUAGAUCAUGUAGCGUGGACUACUCGGAUGGGAAUCGCGAUAGAUACCUACUUUACCAUGAAGCCACAGGAUGGAUCACUAUUGUACCAAGAAGUUCAAGCACUUGCUCUGAAGUCGCUACAACUUCGAAAGGUAGAUUUCAGUAAUGCUCUUCCCAGAAGAAGACCGCGAGACACUUUUGAUGAUGAAGGUGGUGUUCUACAGAAAGAUCCGGGUUGCGAAAUUACUGCAGCAUUGAUGCCAUUGUGCCGUGCACAACUGACCGAUGUCAAUUGGAUUGUUCUUAACGGAAUUGAGUUGGGAGAAACGGAUCUCGAUGCGAUGAUUCCUGCGCUUAAUAAUCCAAAAGCUGAGAUCAGGGCGAUCGAGUGCUCGCGCUGUGGCCUUAGUGAUCGUGGGAUAAUGCAACUCUUGACUCAUCUGGAGCGACAAAACCAAACACUAGAGUGCAUCAAUAUAUCUAACAACCCCGGGAGAAUUCUUCUUGAACGAUUUCAAGUAUCCAUGAGUCGUUUCUCGCACGUUCGCAAGCUCGAUCUUUCAAUGAUUACUCGUACAUCUGGUGAUCAACCACUUUUUGUUCCUGAAGUUAUGCUCUCUUGGAGGUUGGAGGAAUUGAUUUUGAAUGGAAUUCCUGUAAACGAUCAAACUUUGGAUACAAUUUCUGCCUAUCUUACAAGUGAUAUGUCAGAUCAACUUCGCACCUUACAAAUGGACCAGUGCAAUUUGAGCGGAUCGCAUGUUGCUCUUCUCAUGAGAGCUAUGACUCGAGUCGCUGGUCAACCUCGUGACUUGGAGCUUCACGUAAGUGCCAACCGACUUGAGAAGGGGAUAAGUGAUUUUGUGAAAGCUAUCCAAGAAAAUUUCACUCCCACCAAACUCGUGGUUCGGAUGAUCGAAUUUACAAAAGAGGAUUACUUCAAGCGAUUACUGGAAGCCCUGCGCACCAAUACUACGAUCCAGGUCCUGGAUAUUUCGAAAGCUUCCCUUCCAUAUGAUGCAAGUCCGGAGACAUGUGAAACCAUGCAGAGGGUUUUCGCCGAGAAUACCACACUUGAGGACUUGGAUAUUUCUGGAGAACAGGCACAUCUGGAGGUCACGCGAUUCGGAAUAGGCUUAAAUCAGGCGUUGACUGGUCUCAAAAAGAAUAGUACUUUGAAAUCUCUUCGUAUAGAGUACCAAAACUUAGGUCUGGAAGGAGCAAAUACGCUCUCCUCUGUUUUGGAAGAGAAUAGGGGUCUGACGCAUAUCUUUUGUGAACACAAUGAUAUCAAUCUUCAAGGAUUCACCAUACUCGUCAAUGCUAUCGCAAAAAAUCACACUGUUCUUGAAGUUCCUUAUAUGCAAGACGAUCAAGACAUCGCUAUGAAACGAAUGAGUGCCAGCAUGAGGGAUACACGCCGCGCCACGAGCUCUUCGGGCCGUGAAAAUCACCACGUAAAGAGUUCAGUAAAGCGGACGUUGAAAACUUUUGGGGUUGGGGUUGAGAAGCCUGUGAAACAAGAAUUAACACCUCAAGAUGUUGAUCAAGUGGUAAAGGUCUUGGCCGAGAAGUGGAAUACGGAGAUUGGGAGACUAUCUAUGUUCUUGGAAAGAAACAGAAACAUAGCUAUGGGUGUGGAAGGGUACGAUCCUGUUGAAAUUAUAGGCGAACAUGCUAUGCGUCCUACUACUGCGAUGAGUGACCGAGGGAUUUUAGAACAAGUUUUAAGCAACACGACGCCUAGGAUUGAACUGGGAAAUCCAGUCGAAAUCACAAAUGAUCGAUUUUCUGGUAUGACGCCAUUAGCGGAGGUACUUAAUCCCAUGGAAAUGGAAAACGAGAGGCCUGUCGAUGAAAAGGACAAUAUUCAAUUCAAACGUAUACAUUACAAACGCAGUAAGGAUGGAGGUCUGCUGCCUGAUUUACCUUCUUUGGACAGUGAAAAUAUGUUUGGAUUGGAGGAAAGGGAAGAGGUCCAACUUAAACCUAAACGCAUUUCUUACAAACGUAGUAAGGAUGGGGGCUUACUGCCUGAUUUAGGGUCGUUGGGCAAUGAGAAGAUGUUUGGAUUGGAGGAAAGAGAAGAGGUCCAACUUAAAUCUAAACGCAUUUCUUACAAACGUAGUAAGGACGGGGGCUUACUGCCUGAUUUAGGGUCGUUGGGUAAUGAGAAGAUGUUUGAGUUGGACAAUGGGUUGUUUGAAAUGGAAUCUUGAUUCUUUGAUUUCAGAUUUAGUACUUUUGUAUGGUUCAUUGUUGCGAUAUUUGCUUGCUUUGAGUCGCGUUGCAUUUGGGAUGGAGUUACGGAAUUGGUUUACUACUUUACUCGCACUAAAAGCAAAAAAGUGAAUGCAUACUUGCAAGCGCGCGUGGCAUAGAAUACAGCUAUACAGCUAGUAACAGGGAUAGGGAAUACUCUUUACUUUUGUCUCAUGGUUGGAUUAAUGGAAAGGUAGUCGGGAAGUGCAGUUGCAUGCAUAUCUGUAUAUUGAGGAAUGGACGGAUUGGGAUGGAUGGCGAGGGAUACAAUCAUUGAAUUGGGUGAACUUGACUAUAUUAAAGAUACAGGUAAAGGAAGGGGAGGGAAGGGUGUUUUAGGAGUAUUUAUGCUUGUUGCAUCAUUCAUUGAUAGGCGUUGGGAGAUUUGGAUUUUGAUAGGGCGUUAGGAGCGAGAUUUCGAGAUGUUGAAUAGAGUGCUCAUGCACAUAUAAACUAGGCGAUUGGAUUGGUGAGGAAUCUUUGUGCUUGGAAGUAUGUUGAAUAUAUUAUGAAGGUGGAUGGAUACACCAAAUGAGCAUUCGUAGAUUUAUGAAUUGAAUCGAGAAUCAAUUUUUUUCUACACA